AUGGAAGGAUCCUUUCCCGCGGUGAUGACCCAACCGGAUCGCAACGAACUAGGAGGCACGCCGGUGGUCGUUCAGCAAUAUGCAAGAUAUCCUCCGGCGCUCGAGCCCGGCCUACAGAGCGCUUCGUCGCUGGGCAGUGCUCACAGUCGCGUCGCCGCCUCCAGGUCCCCUCCACUCCAUCGAAAACCCACUCCUCGCAGUCUGCAAGCUUCGCCCACGGUUCCGCGAUCAAUCAUUGCCGCGCCGCCAGCGACUCGUCCGGGGCCGUCCAUGUCACCUCCGGUCUUCGAUUCGGCCCGUCCGAGGCCCAUGAGGGACUCGAUGGAUCACGCAGAACCUCGGUCUCUGCCAGCGCGCGAUAUCACAGACGAAACCAUCGAUGAUGCAUACGUCGCGUUUGUCUUCUACUGCAAUCCGAAUGUCCCCACAUCGGUGGAUACGACAGAACUCCGGAAGACAUUCCGCUGCCCGCCCCGCAGCGACGGCAAGAGCUUUAGCAUCUUUGCUCUCUGGGAGCUGAUCAAAAGACUCGAUAGUAAGGAACUGAAGACGUGGAUUGCGCUAGCGAUCGAGCUGGGGGUCGAGCCCCCGGACAUGGAGAAGAAGCAAAGCACGCAAAAGGUUCAGCAGUACGCGGUUCGGCUCAAGAGGUGGAUGCGCGCGAUGCAUGUCGAUGCGUUCUUCGAAUAUUGCCUAGGUCACCCACACCCGUACUACACACAGCUUCCGGCAAACAAUGCGAUGGUGAGCGACAGUCGUGACGGGGUCCCGUUGGAGGAAGAUCUUGCGCUGCGGGCGUUAGUGCCCCAGUGGAAACCAAAACGCGGCCGAAAACGAGCGGAAGAGCGGGAGAUCAGUGGGGAGCGGAUCGUCAAACGACCACAGCUGGAUACCUCCGCAGGGGUCUUGCAGACCUCGUUCCCGGCCCACUCCGCUUCAUUCCCCCAGAGUGCGAUUCCGUUUAGCGCUUUCCCCGAUGAAAUGGAAUCACACGACCCGUGGAUGACCGCUGCAUCCUCAUUUCCCGCCGACGGACCGUCAGAUACGCCGGCCACUCAGCCGGGCCAGGAGCUGCGAUGGAGGCCCUUGGAGCGAGAUCCGUCUCCUGCGGGCUAUCCGCAGUCAGCGAUCCUGCCUCGUGGUCACCACCCCGACAUUUUUAUUCAUUCGGCGGAACCGCGAUCUGCUGUUACACCGUCAACUGGCGAGAAGACUCGGUCCAAGCGGCGCCAUGGCCCUGCCGUGUCUUCUGCUUGGCCAACGACCGUCGGGUCAUCCACGGGGAAGACUCGAGGCCGGCCCCCUAAUCGGGGAACGUCCUCGGGGCCUUUCUCUUCGUUUCCCGUCAACCCGAUCAUUCGCUCUGAACCGUCUCAUCUGCACGGAUCGAAAGUGCACCCCGCUCCGGCGAUCGUCCUUGAACAGGACCACCCCAAUCGCUUCUCGAAUGCCCAAUACCAACAAUCACCCACACCACUCCCCGGAGGCGGGCGACCAAGCAAACUGCAGCUGCAAGUGCCUCAACAUUCAGGGGCUCCGGUACGCCUAGCAACGCCGCCGACUCUCAUGGUAAAUGGAGUCAACAAGGCACCCACCGGCUUCAAAGUCGAGGGCCAACCACGGAACGGUCCAUCGGUUCUGAACGAUGCACCCGCCCCCAACACGCAUAUCGCGUCGAAUCCCCCCCGAAACAGCAGCCAGUCCACUGCAGAUAUCACAUCUGACGAUGUCGUACGCGUGCUAUCAGGCGAACUGCUCCGCGGGCGACUCAUCGGUCGAACCACCCCGCUCAGCGUGGAGGAGUCGCAAGGCUUGGCUGCAUUGGUAGUGGCUAAUAUGACUUCGUCGUAUUCACAACUCCAGUCGGGCUUGCCUGUCCUCAUGUCCGCUCUCCACCUCGGACUAGGACCACACUUCGGGUACCCCGGCGUCACAGAAAGCACAAUGCUAGUCCGGGUCGACGCUUCACCUGCUUUUCAUAGCACCACCCCGCCAACACCUCCCAUAUAUACCAUUUCUCACGAAUACAAACAUGGAUACCGCUUCUCGACCAAGGUCACCUACGGCGGUCUUAGCCUUGGGAAUAGUGGCGUAGACAAGCCUGCGCCGAUUUCCAAAACGUCCGACGAACUAGAAAGUACCAUGGCCGACUUAGAUGGGAUAGCAGACGCGGAAUUUGAGAUCGACGGAGACGACCCCACCACGUCGGAGGCAACAUGGAAGCAACGGUACAUGAAGCUCCGAGCUCAAAUGCAGAAAAAAGAGCGAUCUCUAUCUAAUUAUAAACGCAAAAUCCUCGAGUCCGUCAUGGCGGACGUCUAGGGGAGUCUUUCAUGUUUGUUC